AUGGCGACUUCGCGCCCGUCGCCCAGUUUGCCUCUGUACACGACACCGAAACUUCCGGAACCAAUCUUGUUUUCGGACGAGAAGUCGUUCGUGGCUCGGGAAAGCUCGGAAAACGAGAAUUCUUCGGCUCGGUUGGCGGAUGAGGUGCCGCUCCUCUGGCGUCUCAUGAGGAGGGAGCCCUGGCGGCGGAGGGCCGUGUCGACACACGGUCCAGGAAGAGAUUUGGGGAUAGGGAGGAAGUUAGGGUACUGGUCGGGCCAGCCGGGGCCCCAGCAAACGACGGUGAAAUUGGAUGUGAUUAAGCCGCAGGUGAAAUCGGGGCCUGCGGAAAUUGACUCGAAAGAGAUCCCAUCGAUUGUUGAGUCACCGGAAAACUCGUCAUCGUCGUCUCCGCCCCAACAGACCACCGUGCGGUUCAAUCUUCGGAUUGCGCAGCUGUGUUUGGCCCCUAGAGCGAGUCCUCUGUAUUCGUAUGCGUUGGACGUUCAGCUGUUUAUUGCUGUUACUCCCUUUGCAGAUUACAUAGCCUGUGGCGUUAAUCCCACAGGCGAAUUUUUCGCCGACGAUGAUGCUUUUCAUCGAAUAGUUGGCGUACGCUAA